GCCUCCCCAGGCGGCCCGGGCCGCCGUCGCUACAAUGGCAUCCGGCCUGGGCGUGGGGGGCCUUACGCCACAUCCCUCCCUCCUUAGGGCCCGGGCAGACGCUCGAGAGGUAAGAGCAGACGAAGUUUAGAAAAUAUAGACGGGCGGAGCGAGCCGAGAGGACCGCCACAUCCGCCCUCCAGACGCGCUCGGCCGCCUCCGCCGCCGUCACGGCCUCCAGUCACGUGGCCCCCGCUCUCGGCAAGCCCAGCUUCCGGCCGCUCUAGCCCAGUUGCCUCGGUGCUACCAGCGCCUUCCUCGUCUCUCUGGCGGACUCCGUCCCCCUUUCCCUCGGCAGGACAGUGGCGUCGAGGUCUCUGAGCUCCCCGAACACAUCUUGAGAAAAUGACCCAUUGGUUUCAUAGGAACCCAUUGAAAGCUACAGCUCCCGUGUCUUUUAACUACUAUGGCAUGAUCACUGGUCCUCCUGCUUCAAAGAUUUGCAAUGAUUUGAGAUCAUCCAGAACUCGGCUCCUCGAAUUGUUCACUGACUUGAGCUGUAAUCCAGAAACAAUGAAGAAUGCAGCAGACUUGUAUUUCUCACUUUUACAAGGUUACCUUAACCUGCUAAGCCAAGUAAGCUUUAUAACACUGUCAUCAGAAUCUAUGAUUUCUUAAUGUAAUGAUUUCAUUCUUAAUUCCAGUGCCCAGCAGGAUGCUGUAUUUGAACUGAUUUCUAUGGGAUUUAAUGUAGCAUUAUGGUAUACGAAAUAUGCUUCAAGAUUGGCUGGAAAAGAAAACAUAGCAGAAGAUGAAGCAAAAGAAGUCCAUCGAAGCCUAAAAAUUGCAGCUGGGAUUUUUAAACAUUUAAAGGAAAGUCAUAUACCCAAACUUCUUACACCAGCGGAGAAGGGACGGGACUUAGAGGCUCGGCUCAUAGAUGCUUAUGUCUUUCAGUGCCAGGCUGAGGCUCAAGAAGUAACAAUUGCCCGAGCCAUUGAGCUGAAGCAUGCUCCAGGACGGAUUGCUGCGCUCGCAUACGAAACAGCCAGUUUCUACCAGAAAGCAGAUCAUACUUUAUCCAGUUUGGAGCCUGCAUACUCUGCCAAAUGGAGAAAAUACCUCCACUUGAAGAUGUGCUUCUACACGGCUUAUGCGUAUUGUUACCAUGGCCAGACUCUGCUGGCUAGUGAUAAAUGUGGAGAAGCAAUCAGGUCUCUCCAAGAAGCAGAAAAAUUGUACACAGAGGCAGAAGCCCUAUGCAAAGAGUAUGGGGAAACCAAAGGACCAGGACCAACGGCCAAGCCGUCAGGACACUUGUUCUUUCGGAAGCUCGGAAGCCUUGUGAAGAACACGCUGGACAAUUGUCAGAGAGAAAAUGGGUUCAUUUACUUUCAAAAAAUUCCAACAGAAGCCCCACAACUGGAACUCAAAGCAAACUAUGGGCUGGUAGAGCCUGUACCUUUCGAAUUUCCUCCUAUGAGUGCUCUCUGGACACCAGAAGUGUUGGCUGCAUUUGAUCUCACCAAGAGACCCAAGGAUGACAGUGUCAAACCCAAACCAGAAGAAGUGAAACCUGUAAAAGAGCCAGAUGUGAAACCUCAAAAGGACACCAAGUGCUCUGUCUCUUAGGAGUGGCGCUCACUUAGAAAUCUCUGUUAGUCCAUAGAUGAACUGUGGAUUCAGUUCACUUUUUCUCAUUUCACUGAAGCCCAUAGGAUAACUAUUAGCUUCAGAGGGACUUGGCCUUCAGUUUAUUUAUUCUUGAUUUUUAACAUAAAGGUAUUAAAUGCUUUUGUUUGGGGGGGCCUAUGUUUUUAAUCAGGACAACAUUUGAAAGGGUUGGUUUUUAUGCCUCUAAUGAAUGUAUGUGGAGAUUGAACCUUUUAAACUCUAGAUAGUAAGUUUCAUAUUAAUGUUUUUCUAUCUUCACAAAAAUGU